AUGUAUGUUCGUUGGGCAUGUCACUGGGAAGCGGCAAAAAAUAUCAGCAAUGACCUUAUUGAAGAGCGUAUCGUCACACCCGUCAUGGUCUUUGGAUAGCAGAGCAACGGACCGUUAAGUCAAGUGUUCGAUGCUUCAAAUAAUAGAAAGGACUUUCUCAGAUUGGUCUACGUCGAAGUCCAUGGAGGAAGCAAGAGCAUUGUGGUUUUUCACACAGCGGAUGAAAGAAAAGUAGCCGCUGAAGCGAGAGUGUAUAUACCACCUCAUGAGUCCACUUUUGUUGAUGAUCGCUGUGACGGCCAUAUGGAAAAAGAGGAGAGUGUAAGGAGGGAAAAAGUAUGGGUUACCGGCUAA